ACAACUCCAAAAUGCAUUUCCUGCUGAAAAUGCUGAACGCUAAAAGCUUAAAUUAAUUUAAUUAAAAAAAAUUGCUCAAUAUACAGAAAUAAGAGUAGGUGAAUGAUUUUUUUUUUCUCAACUGCUGAAAAUACUGAAAUGAGAAAAUACCAGCAAACUGAAAUUAAUCUCAAAUGUAAAUGAUAAAGAAACGGCCUGGGGGAAAAAAGAAAAAAGCAUAGAACAUCUGACCGUUCAAUCUCUGGGGCCCCCUUAAAUUCCAAGAUAUGGAAUAUCUGUUUAAACAAAACUAGUGCAACGCUAGCUAGCGCUAUCUUAGCUGCCACUUUACUAGCUAGUAAGUGCAGUAUUUCCCCAACCAUUAUAAAAGGGGGGCGCCCCAGCCCGUAAAAUACUCCCCCUCCCCCAGUGGACUCAUUCUAUCGAUCCAAAAAUGAAGAGUGAAAAUUGUGGCAAUACUGGGUAAAUAUAAAUAUUUUCGGAAGCUGCUCUCCACCGUAGGUUUUCAGUCUGCCAAACACACCCGGUCGGAAAAACUCAUGAAACACAAUCAGUGAUAUUGAAACAAGUUGAAUAGAUAUCAAAAAUCUGAAUGGAAAAGAAUAGUUUAGGCCUCUUAACCCAUUUAAAGGUUUACAUGGUUGUAGCUGAUUGGGGAAGAAUAAGGAUUUUAAACUUGAAAAGGAUUUCAAAGAGAAACUCCAUUGGAGAACAAGAAUAGUAUAAAUAUUUAUUCAUAUUAAAUCAAACAUAAGCGGUAGAAAGCUGAAGUCAUGGCACACCCUCUCCCGAAGGAGCUGAGUCCAGUUCAAAAUCCUUAAAAAGCAUUUGAACAACUAAUCAGUUCUCAUCAAGCCAUGAGGAUAUUACUGUUAGCAUUGUGUCACAUGCUCACAUUUGACAAAUGAUCCAUUUGUAUUCGCUUUUUUGUAGCUAGGAUUAAGAUGAUGCCAUCUGUAAUAACCGUGGCAAUCUUGGUCCUUUUUUUAAGAUGUUUUAAAUGUUAGUUUUAUAGUUCCUCAUCAUAAGGGCUCACAUAAAACAUGGCCUGGUUGGUACACCGCCUGGCCCAAAAAAAAGUCACUCCCUCUAAUAUUUCGUUGGACCGCCUUUUGCUUUGAUUACGGCACGCACUCGCUGUGGCAUUGUUUCAAUAAGCUUCUGCAUCGUCACAAGAUUUAUUUCCAUCCAGUGUUGCAUUAAUGUCUCACCAAGAUCUUGUAAUGAUGAUGGUAGAGUCUGACCACUGUGCAAAGCCUUCUGCAUCACAUCCCAAAGAUUCCCAAUGGGGUUAAGGUCUGGACUCUGUGGUGGCCAAUCCAUGAUGUUUCAUGCUCCCUGAACCACUCUUUCACAAUUUGAGCCCGAUUAAUCCUGGCAUUGUCAUCUUGGAAUAUGCCCGUGCCAUCAGUAGGAUGCAGCAUGUGGGUGAACAGGGUCACAUGGCCUUGCUGGGUCACAGCCUAGCCGCUUACAUCUCGGUGUUGGACAGAGAGAGGCUGAGGAAGCUGACGACCCGGAUCCUGUCUGACACCACAUUGUGGCUGUGCAGACUGUUCAGGUAUGAGAACGGGUCAGCCUACUUUCAUGAGGAUGACCGGGAUGGCCUGGUUAAAGUGUGUCGGCUGGUCAUUAAUGCCCGUUAUGAAGAAUAUGCCUCUGAGGGCUAUUCAGUCCUCGGCUCCAGACAGCCAGUCAUCUACCAGAGUGCCUCCGGCAGACCUGGUCUGGGGCAGCAUCUGUGCAGCCAGCUUGGCCUGCCUCUCUCGAGUCUUUGCACAGUCCCAUGCAACACCAUCUUUGGAUCACAACACCAAAUGGAUAUUGCCCUGUUGGACAAACUAAUCAAAGAGGACAUCGAAGCCAGAAAGCUUCCGUUGCUUUUAGUUGCCAAUGCAGGUACACCAGGGGCAGGACAUACAGACAAGUUGGCUCGUCUAAAGGACCUGUGUGAUCAGUACAGCAUGUGGCUCCAUGUGGAGGGAGUCAACCUGGCAACCCUGGCACUGGGUCAGGUCACCUCUGCUAUCAUGGCAGCCAGCAGGAGUGACAGUAUGACACUGACACCAGGUCAGUGGUUGGGACUCCCUGCUGUUACUGCGGUCACCCUCUACAGACAUGAAGACCCAGCACUGUCUCUGGCUGCAGGUUUGACCUCCAGCCAGCCGGUGGCGAAGCUGCGAGCACUGCCUCUCUGGCUCUCCCUGCAGUACCUCGGUCACAGUGGAAUUGUCCAGAAGAUCAGACAUUCCACCGCUCUGACCCAGCAACUUCUGCCAAAGCUAAAAACUCUUGCCUCCAUCAAAACCUUGGUGGAGGACGAACUCAGCUCUCCUGUGGUGCUUUUCAGGUUUUCCCAGGAAAUUAGUUCUGCAUCCAGCGGGGGCUCAGUGGAAGGUCACUGUGCUGGGGAAAAAGAGGUGCUUGAUGCCUUCAACAGAUGGCUGGGUGAACAACUGCUUCAGUUAGUUCCCACCAGUGGGGUGGAUGUGGUGGAACUUGAGGACGAGGGUACAUGUGUUCGCUUCAGUCCCCUCCUGACUGCUGAAGUUCUGGGGACCCAAGAGGAGAACAUCGUGGACAUAAUGGAGAAGCUGUCCGAGCUGGUGUCUGUGAUGUGCUCCACAAUGUGCCUGAGACAGGACUUCAGAGAGGAAUCCCACCGACACUCUCCCUCGCUCUCCUACGUACAGCAGCUUAGCUGGCCUGGCCUUGGUGCUGUCCGGUAUGAGCCUCGGGCUGAAGGAAUGGAUGAGAGCAGGAGGAAGCAGGAGAUGCAGAAAAUCAACAGUGAGCUGCUGAAGAAACUACAAGACCUUGAGACUGACAUCAUAUUUUCCACGGGCCCUGAGUUUGGGACAGAGGAGGACUGUAUCUUUGUUGGUAUGGUCACUGAGGACGUUGAUGUUUCAGAGUUGGUGGAUACCUUGGCUUCCCUCGGGAGAGAUAUAGAGGAGAGUGGAAGGCUGCUGGACAACAUGACGGAGGUGGUGAGGAAAGGUAUCCUGGAGGCAGAGCUGCAGCUGCAAAAAGCCAAUGAGGAGAAACUCAUGGAAGAGGGAGCGCUGAGACAGCUUCCUCUGGUUGGCUCGGUGUUGAACUGGUUCUCUCCAUCUCAAAGCUCCAUCAAGGGCCGGACCUUCAACUUGGCUGCAGGUUCCCUGGACUCCACAGAGACAACUUACUCUACCAAGGCCCAACCAGGGAGGCCGUCCCUGCAAGACAGUUCCACCUCAUUAAGGAAACAACCAGGUCAGAGGUUAUUCCGGCGCUCGGGGGCGGGCUCUGACUCCUUCAGUGAAACUUCCUCCAUCGGCCCAGCUGAGGAGACAACCAGGGACACGAGUGCCAUUCCCAGCGAAAGCAUCAACCCCCCAGCCUCUCAUCCGGUGGUAGAGGAGGACCCACACACUGCAAGUGUUGUCGUACCAGGGUAUAUCCAGGAGACUGGGCAGGUGCAGCUGGAGGAUGGCGGGGCUUCAGAAGAGAGGGUGCCUGAUGGCCAAGAGGUGGAGCAAAGUGGGGAAUAGGAUGCACUCUGUCUGCAGGAGAAAAAGAAAGGUGUUGGCUCUUCUGGUUUUAAAGGGAAAGAUUAGGUUGCUUGUCUCUGUCCUAUGUCAAAUGAAAAUCUUCCCCUGAUACUUCCAUACUGCAAUGCACACAGGGAUUCUAAGAAAAUUAUGAAAAAUGUUCCGCUGUACUUAAAAUUGAUGGAUAAUUUCUUCUCUAAGGAUACAGUGAACUAGUGAAUGAAGUGUUACGUGGUGUUUUUCUUCCAUCCAGCAUUUUGUUUUUACACUGAUCUCUUUUCGUUUGCGUCUUGUUGGACUAGAGCAAAGGAGUAGCCAUAUUACACACAAUAGAUCUUUAGCUUUUAGGAGGAAUAGGAUUGGUCAAUACACAGUCAAUAAACUGGGAAUAUAGCAGCUUCAUGUUAAGGCAAUGAGUGGCACUCAAACUAAAAUGUUGACAUUUUUCACAGCAAAUAGUCUGCACAAAUGUUAUAUCUAAAACAUUAAAUUACUAAUUAUUUAAAAUGAAAGAGGUCUGUCUAGGUUGAGUAGAGUAUUAUAAUCUAUUUAAUUAAAAGAUAACUACUGAUAAUAACCUGCUUCAAGAACUCCCUUAAUGCGCUGAAAUGAACUUGAUUUAGAGAAUGGGGGUCCCAUUACGAAUAGAACGUUGUAAUUUCAUGAGAAAAAGUCCCAAUAUUACAAAUAUGAGUGAUUAGAUUAUUUAAAUAAUCCUAUUCUACAAAUAUUUUACAAAAUUACAAAGGUAAUUGCGCAAUAAUUUGAGAUGACGCUGUCAUUUUAAGAAGAAAAUGUUAGGAAUUUACAAACCCAAAAGGUCGUGUUCUGAGAUAACAUAUUUUAUAGUAUAGUUUUAGAAGGUAUAAUGAAUUAACUUGUAUUUUUGAGAACUAUACUGACGUUUUAGAACAACCAAAUCAUGAUUAUUUGAUGUCCAUGGUUAUAUUCCAUUGUUCUCAAAUAUGUAAAAUACCGAUCCUCCAUAUUCCUGAUUUUUCUCUGUAGAAUCACAGAAUUCAAUUUACUACGCUUCAAACUGAACAUUACACAUUUUUCAGCUAUUUUUAUUCCCACAGUAUCAUGACUCUAUUCUAGUAAAAUUACAACUUUAUUGAGAUGAUGUUUGACCUUUCUUUAAAAAUAAAUUAAAAAAAUUCUUUAAAAAAUGCUGUAGGAAGCAUCCUGCCAGACCAGCACUAAUGCCCCGUCUUUUGUCCUUGUCCCUCAGAUAUAUUUUCUGAGGGGCAAGGACCCUUUGCUCCAAAAUUCUUAUAAUGGGAGUGCCGACACUCCACCACCCUUUCAUUCCACACACCAAUCACAAUAGAACAAGAAAGUAACAUCAAUACUGCUUGUAGACGUGCCUUCAAACCUGACCCCACAGAUACAUUAGUGAGAGUAUGUAACAAAGCGGUCUCCUCACUUUUUAAGAGUGCAAUUUACAAUUUCACACUUCGUAUAAAGCUGUCAUGGGAACUUCUCUGUUCAAAGAAACCUCGGUUUCCUAAUAUUAAGCAUUUUGAUGCAACUUUAUACUACAUUAUCGAUGACCUAUCGCGGGGAAAUAUUAAUUUCAUGGCUUUUGGAAUUUAAUUGAAGAUAAUACGGCUCAAUUAGUCUGGCAGGAUGGUUUAUUCCUCAUGGAGGUUCCUAAAGCGACCUGUAAUCCUGGUGGACCAUUUACUCUAAAAAGUUGUAAUAUGUUGGUUUGACAUUGACACGGUGAGAAUGAAGAUUACAAAAUAGAUUUCAGCAUUAUUGCACUAAUUCUGUAGAUAAUUUAUUUUCUCUUUCUUUAUUUAAUUUUUGAUAUGGUGUACAUGAAGCAAAAUCUUGAUUAUUUCUGUCAUUUGAUCCUAUUCCAAAGCUAAAUCAAUAACUUCAUAAUCUUACAAAAACAGGUUUGAUGAAGAACUUUGAUCGGAUAUAAGGAGCCUGUCGCCGUCUGAAUGAUUGAUUGUAUUGGAUAAGCAGAAUCGUUUCUCUUGAUUGUUUUUUACAAUUAGUUUACAGAAAAUAAACACUGAUAUUUUCUGUAAAUUUGGUCUCCGGACAGAAUAAAUUCAAGUUUUGUAGUGUUUAUGUCA